AUGAGCGACUCACCAUUCCGCACCGUAACCAUUGUUGGAGCCACAGGUACAUUGGGUUAUCAUAUCGCUGACGCUUUUUUGAAUGAUGGAUCUUACAAGGUGAAAAUUCUCCGAAGAAAUCCGGAAAACGUAAAUGCGAAAGCUAAUUCGUUAGCCGAAAGAGGCGCAGAAAUCGUAUAUGCGGAUUACGGUCAAAAAGAUGACCUUGUCAAAGCCCUUAAAGGAACCGAUGUUUUAGUCAGUACCGUAAGUUACAAACAAGGUAAUGAUAAUAAUAGCUUUUACGAAGUUCAAUUACCAUUGUUGAAUGCGGCAAAAGAAGCCGGUGUAAAGAGAUUCAUCCCAUCCGAGUUUGGUAGUGAGUUUAAGGGUUUAUCUCAUCAAUUAUCGGAUGACAAAGCAAAAUUCCGAGCAGAAGUUGAAAAAAGUGGACUUGAGUAUACGAUCAUUUUCACCGGACUAUUCUAUGAAUUUCUUGAUUGGAUAGGGUUUGACGUUAAAAAGAAGAAAGCCACGUUCUACACGGAUCCCAACUUAACAAUUUCUACAACUUCUUUACAUGAUGUUGGUAAAUAUACUGUUGAAUCACUUAAAAUUCCAGAGGCUCGUAACGCUCAUAUCAGAGUUGCUGGCACCACCUUGUCAUUCAAUGAGUUGCUUAAAAAGUUUGAAGAAGCUUCUGGUGAGUGUCUAACUUUUCAUUCUAAACAAUUACAUUUAAAAUGGGAGUUAAUGAUGACAAUUGUAAAAGGCUCCAAGUGGGAAGUUGUUGAAGAUAGGGAAAUACGAAAACGUUUCCGAGAAAAGAUCGACCCAGUUCCCUUACCUCAUGAGGAAAUGAAAGCUUUCAUAUGCGAAAACGCGCGAUUCGCAAAGACAGAUAAUGAUAAAUUCAGCUUCACUCCUAGUUCUAUCAAUGAUGCAAUCGAAGCAUUAGUGAAGGGCGCUUAA